CAUCAUAGGCCGCAGGUUUAGGUUCGAUGGGCAACUAAAAGCCUGGAUCGCGACCACCAAUUCCCAAGGCAACUCUGUCCAUAGUCGUAUCAGAGGCUUUAACACAUUCUCUUCAACAGCACUAGCACCGCCGCGAUUUUUAGGUCACCCACUGCAAGUCGCAUUUUCCGAUUCACUGCUUUCAUCCUACCGGUGAUGACAGUAUACAAUGCAGUCAUCGUGAGUACAUACACGUAUGUUGCCAGCACAUUGUGAAUGGUGUAUGUGUGAACUUUCACACACAAGGCCAGCAGGACUGCCGCAUAAAGUUGAGCUGGAAAGAAAUAUUAUUCCGUAUCCUCCCUCAACCCUUCAGCAUCUACUCCGCAUCGCAACAUACACAACCACUACCACAUACCAUGCGUACUACGAACUUUUCUGUCACCACUCCCUCAGGCAUCAAGUAUUUCGGGCCUGUGAUCGCCGGAUUCGCCCUCAGCUCUGGCAGCUGGGACGAGUUCUACCCGCUUUCUGUGGAGGGGUUCGAUGAGUACAAUGACGAUGGUACUCUCGACAUGAAUAACUGCAUCCAUCUCACCAUCCCGAAUAAUGCUGUCAUCCACUCUGAUCCACCAGUGGAAGAUAUGUGCGGAGAGAUGUACUCCCUGCGAAUAUCCCCCGCAUAUGAAGACGGAGAGGCGAUUGCUAAAAUCACGUGGGGCCGCGUUGAGGUUCGCAUAACGGCUGUGGGUUUCAUCGACUUUGAUGUAGUCCCAAACACCCAGAACACAAAUCAUGCAGCACAGGGGAACGCUAAUGCCGUGGAUCGUCUGGGAGAACAGCUUGGAGGGAUGGAUCUCCAUGGAGUCAACAGCGAUGUCAACGACCUCUUCGGUAGCAUGAGCAUGAAGUAAAUGCUUUGUAAAUUAGAACAGCUCUUGACAGCUCAGCGCUACCGCCUUAGCCAGUACGUGAACGUCUCUUCCCUGGCCAUUCGACCAAGCUAGAUUCAUAGCGAAAUGACAAC